GUUUUAAUUACUGGAAAGCUAAUUUUAUUUUUUGUCCAAAAAGGGUAAAGCGAAUCAUUUGCAAGCCGUGCCAAAAAGACGUACUCCCCAAUUAAAAAAAAAAUAGUUAAAAUGAAACUCCUUCUCUUUCUUUUCCUUUAACUUUCUUUUUCCCUCCACACGCUCUUUUUUUUUAAAAAAUAAAAAAAUGAGAACAAAUGGCAUUCUUUCGAGUAUUUGCCUUUGUUUCUUAUUGACACAGGUAGAUGCACUUCAGCACUCGAAAUUCAAAUCGAUGGAUACACAACACACAAAUAUCAUUCCAGGUCGAUUUUUAGUAGAAUACACUUCACCAGGAGGCCACGACAAUUCAUUAUCCGAUGCUUUGGACGGAUUUGAAUCGAGUAGUAAGACAGCGUACUUCAACCGUCAGAAACAAACGAAUAUCCGAACAGUAGAUGUAGGUGCGUCCUCGCACGAGAACUUUUUGAGCACUGUGCUGGAUCAUGAACGUACAGUUGCUGUUUACCCGGUCACCUAUGUUUCUCGACCUAACGCGGUCUCGCAUGGUUAUUACAACCAGAUUGAUGCAGAGACGACAGAGCGUAUCCAAGCACACCAAUUGACUCAGAUCAAUCGCUUGCAUGGUGAGCUAGGAUUGACGGGCCAAGGUGUCAAGAUCUGCAUUAUCGACAGUGGUGUGGAUUACAACCAUCCUGCUUUAGGUGGUGGGUUUGGUCCUGGCUAUAAGAUCUCGUUUGGUCAGGAUUUGGUAGGAAAUGAUUUUGAUCCAAUGUCAAAAAGCAAUGUCAUGCCUGCUGAUGGUACUCCUCCUUUGGAUGAUUGUGGCAAAGUGAGUGAAAAAGCAGUUGGUCAUGGUACACAUGUUACUGGUAUUAUUGCUGGUGUGGAUGAGUCUAAAGGGUUUACUGGUGUCGCACCAAAUGCAACCAUUGGAGUUUGGAGAGUAUUUGGUUGUGAAGGUGGUAGUAGUUCGGAUAUCAUCAUGAAGGCGAUGGUACAAGCACAAAAGGCCGGAUGUGAUGUGAUCAACAUGAGUCUGGGAAAUGAUGCACCUUGGUCAGAACAACCUCAUGCAGCUUUUGCUCAAGAACUAUCCAACCAAGGCAUCUCGGUCGUGGUCUCAAAUGGUAAUGACGGUGAAGCGGGUGCUUUUACUGUCACAGAUCCUGCUGGUGCUAGUGAUGUUCUCUCAGUCGCUUCAGUCGACAACCCACACUUUUUAGGGAGUCUGUUCUCUUUAACCAGUGCUAGCAAGAAAAUCGGACCUUACUCGUACCAAGUUGCCCCUGAAGCCAGUGCAGAAAUUCCGGAUGGUAACCUUGUAUUGGGUGGAAGUCCAACUACGUUUCAUGCAUGUGAUAUAGAAAAUAUCCCCAAGGACGUGAAGGGUCAAUUAGCACUUGUAACUCAAGGUCCCUGUACCAUUGUUCAACAAGAGAGUCGUGUUGCGGAGGCAGGUGCGAUCGGUCUCAUCUUUGUCGAUACUUUGGAAGGCGAUCCAGUACGUGCUCCCUAUUUUAACACCACGAUUCCCAUUGCCACAAUAUCCUCCGUGAGUGGACAUCAGCUUAUUUCUGCCUUGAAAAACUCUAAUGAGACCAUGUACAUGCAUUUCGAAAGAAACGCAUUUGUCUUCCAAUCGUCCACUGCCAAUACCGUGUCUUACUUUUCCAGUAUCGGCCCUACCAAUGAGCUCGACAUGAAGCCAUCGUUUGGGGCCAUUGGAAGUAAUGUAUUUUCUACUUUACCUGAUUAUUUAGGCGGUUGGGGAACAAAAUCAGGUACGUCCAUGGCGUCGCCUUAUAUUGCGGGUACCGUUGCCCUAUUAAGAGAGGCAUUUGCCGGUCAGAACAUCUUGGCUUCUGUCCUGCACGAGAAACUUGCCAAUUACGCCAAACCGUUGGAUGCUGCCAAGGAUCAACUAGAGUCCCCUCUUCGUCAAGGAGCUGGUCUCAUUCAAGCUUACGAUGCCAUUAAAGAACCUUUACAUGUCUCUCCAGCCAAAAUUAGUUUCAACGACACUAAAUCCUUAACGGAUGUGUACAAGACGCAUUCACUCAAGGUCUCGAAUACAGGUACAGAAGCUGUGCAGUAUGAGAUCACGAGUAUUUCGUCAGCCUCGAUUUCUCCGUACGGCCACAACAAUUCGCAAUACCGCUUGAUCAGCUCGAGUCACGAAAAGUUUUACAGUCGUGAUGUGAGUGUGCAAGUGGAUAUUCAGCCUAGCCGUGUUCAAUUGAAUCCUGGUGAGUCGCAACAAGUGGUUGUGUCGGUGCAACUUCCCAAAGAGUUUAAUGCCAAAGAGCAAGUGAUGUAUGGUGGCUAUGUUCAGUUUAGACGCGAAAAGGGUGAUGGAGCGCAAGUGCAUGUACCAUAUUUUGGUGUCCUUGGUAGUCUUUAUGAACUUCCUACGUUGGACAGUGGAGCGCUGAAUGUGAAGGAUAAUAAGGGACAUGUGUAUGGACAGAAUGAGACUUUUCAUUUUAGUUUAUCGGAUGAAGCCAGUGCUCCCUCGAUUGGAUUCCGUUUAAGUACGCCAUCACGUCGAUUCACAAUUGAAUUGGUGCAGGAGGAAGGGGAGAAGCAUGUAGGGUAUAUUGUGCCGACUUAUAAUUACGCAGAACGUGAUUUGAGCAGCCAGACGAUGAAGGAAUUGAACCCUUGGUUGGGAGCGUUGGUGGUGGAUGAGAACUUGGAUUCAAAGCCGUUUACGGUCAGUCCAGGUACUUAUCGUAUCAAAUGGUCAGCUCUCAAAAUGUUUGGUGAUUUAGAAAAGUCGCAGGAUUGGGUAGUACAAACAUCAGGACCCAUUGACAUUGCUGCUUAAAAAAAAUUAAACAUAUGAACCAAGUUUGUUUUUCUGUA